AUGGCUGAACCAAAGACUAGAAGAGCUAAGGGUACCAAGAGAAAGAAGGAUCCAAAUGCUCCAAAGAGAUCCCUUUCUGCUUAUAUGUUCUUCGCUAAUGAAAACAGAGACAUUGUCCGUGCUGAAAAUCCAGAUGCCACCUUUGGGCAACUCGGAAAAUUGUUGGGUGACAAAUGGAAGGCUCUUACUCCUGAAGAAAAAGGUCCAUAUGAACAAAAAGCUGCUGCUGAUAAGAAGAGAUAUGAACAAGCCAAGGCUGCUUAUCAAGAAAAAUUGGCCAACGAACCUGCUGAAGAGUAA